GAUUGCUCACUCACGCCCCUCUUCCUCUACGUCACCGCGCCAGUGUCUGCGGAUCUCUGCAGACUGUGGGAAAGUCGCACUGCACACUGAGGCAGUAGCCAGGACAGAGCGAGGAGGAGUCGGCGUUCCCGGUGUUGCCAAUAUAUCCAUCACCGCUAUGGAAAUGACCACAACCUUCCAUCGAAAUCAAGCCACUCCGUACUAUCACAGGAAACCAUUUGAUUCACAGACACGGACUACAAAACACUGUUGUUGAGAGUGUCGCUGAACCAGAGCGCUGCCUGGUUUUCUAACCGGUACGAUGAGGAUGAUGGUGGUGGUGGUGAUGAUUAUGAGAAACCUCACAGAAUGAGAAGAGUUUAUGCAGCAGACAACUUGCACAAGGGCGUGUGCUCCACCUUCAUCUGAGUUUUCUGGGACGAUGCCUGCCAUGUUUGUGUCCGCAGCGGUGAGUUCUGAUGUUUAGUUCUUCAGCAGAUUUUCAAUUUAAAGGAAUAGUGCCUGUUUUUUCCCCCCUUUUCCCUAGACUGAACUUUGAAUCAGGUAUCAUCUUGUUCAAAUGUCAUAGAUAUGUCAGUCAUUUCUGACCACAACAGGGUUUCAAGUGGAAUGAUGAUCAAAUUCAAGGCACAGAGCAGUAUUACCCAGCCUACUUGUUACAGUCUGUGUUGGAUAAAGGACAGGAAAUGUCAGUCAAGUGACUCAUGUUGUGUGACAGCAUUUAUGGCUGUACUUGCUGUUGCUGUGUCAUACUGUCAUUUAUAAGUUUUGAUGAGGGCUUGUACUGUGGAAAUAAAUUACCUCGGAAAAGGACUACUUACAAUGAUCUACUAUUACCUGCCCUUUAUAUCCGUAACCAACUUAAAACCUUUCAAACCUCAUUUGCACUACUGUAAAUACACCCAAUAUUGCACUACUGUAUAAUUUAUCUGUCAUAUAAUCACAUUUAAAGUCUGUUUAUAGCAUUCAUAUUUAUAACCAUAUGUAUAAUCUGUUGAUAGCCUGUACAUACUUAUAGUUAAAGCAUAUUCAUAACAAUACCCAUGAUAUACUGAUGUAUAUAUCUCCUUUAUACCGUGUACAUUUGUAAAUAUAUUCAUACUUGCUAAGCACUUCUGGAUGGAUGCAAUGGAUGACUGUUUAGUCUGAGACACUACUCUUGGAUAAGUACUCCUAUUUCAGGUGGAUUAGUCUGCUUUGUAUCUGAGAAGUAGUUUAUUAUCAUCAGUAAACCUUCUUUUUUUCCCCUUUUUUUAAAUUAUCAUUAUUAUUUUGUCAUGAAAACAGGUUGAAACCGACCAACCAAGGCUCUAAUGCUCCAGUGGCUUAGGUGGUGAGAGUGUAGACCUGUAUACAAAAGGGGUAAAAAAAGUAUAGACAGAAUGAACUUUUAUAUUUAAGACCUAUUUUGUGUGCAUAUUCUUUCUUUCUUUCUUCCUUCUUUAUUUAUCUCAAACUUUAAGAACAACAACAACAAAAAAAGGAACAGAAUGAAGCAAAGAGCUUAAUAUUUAAAAUGUAUAAAGUUUAUUUAUGUUAUUUUCUAAAACUCUAAGUAUCUGUUAUUGGCAAAGGAUGUUAGAUGAUGAUUUUUUUAAUGUAUUACAAACAAAGUGUUUAAAAGUUGGAUUCCCUUGGGCUCAGGAUAGAACUGGUAUGCUACACUCACAAUAUUGCUGAUUUACAGUGAUGCUACACCCACAUUGUUCUCCCUUGACAAAAUUGCAGAAGUCACAAGGCCUUUCUUGGAAGAUACCGCAUGCUUUCAAAGACACCAAAAAAAAAAAAAAAACAACAACAAAGUCCCAACUGUAUUAGAAUGAUAGCAGACUUUUCUAAGUAAUAAUGGUGGUGUUUUCUUUAGAUCUCAUAAUGACAGGUUAUAAUUUCUGUAAAAAUGCAAAGAACUUGGAUCAAGUAUACCAAGCGUUUUCAUAUAUGCUGUUUCAAAACUUCAUAAUCAACAUGAAACUUGUUUUGUCUUGCCUGUUUCCCAGCCCUAUAUCUUUGGGGAUGCCUAAAUGCAUUUUCACACGCAAAACAUGAUAGAUUCAUAGACCUAAUAUAUGGAAAUAUAGAAAAUGGUUGCCUUUGAUUAACCCUUGUUGUUUUCAUUCAAGGUGUAUGAUAUACAUGAAAACAGGAAGCUUAAAUUUCCAGUGUUUUCUUACCUCCGUCAUGAGAAGCAAACUCAAACCUUUACCUAAAAAGUAUCAUCUAUAAAUACUGUUUUACUCAGUGCUGUGAGUGAUAAAUUCAGGGCGACUAAGCCUAAACAGAGUCUCUUGCUUAGGGCUAAAAUGAUCCAGCCUUACAGGACAGGAAAAGUUGUAGACACACAGAAACAGGAGCUGCUCUGCUUGCUGUCUGCACAAACUGUACAUUUGUACAUUUCUGUAUGCUAGCAUGAAGAGGCACAGUAAUGCUUUUGUGCCACUUUGUGCCUGUCUGUCUGUCUCUAUUCAUUUAAAAAGUGAAACAUUAGCUUAUUUGUUUUCUGUCUAACCAUCAAAUGUAAUUUACUAAGCCAUUCAUAACCGACCAUUGAGCUAUUGAGUCAUCUCUAGCCCCAUGUGUUGUUUUGUAUACGUCUUGUUCAGUGGUGGCGUUUGUAGCUAAUAACCAUUAAUAUGUACUGUCAUAAUAAAUUAGAUUAAGGAUAACUGAGGACAGAAUAAGUGAUGUGGUGGAACUACAAGAUAAACAGACAAAAAAGCACUUGUUUUAUGUUGACAGACUGCAUGUGGCAAAAUGUGCAACCCAACAGUCAAUGUGUGUUGUUAAGAAAUCUAACUGAACAACAGAAAUAACUAGAAAAUUCCCUCUAGGAAAUUUUAAAAGGGCCAUAGGGGCUUCUGCUGGUGUGUGUACAUUAUGAUAAGAUUCUUCAGACCAGAGCAGACAGACAGACAGACAGAUUGAUUGAAGUUUAAUUGAUAGAUCGAUAGAAGGAAUAAGAAAUAUAAUAUAUAAUUAACUGUCUGGAAGAGUUUUCAAUUUCAAGUUUCUAACAAGCUUCAGUCGCAUUUAUGUCGAAAGCACACUGUCUCAUAACAUUUAAUUCUGUUUUUUCUUUUUUCUUCUUUUCUUAAAUCUUUAUUGAAUAAAAUGCUUUUCGAUUGACAUCAUGUCUAGCAUCACUUUCACAUCAUGCUACUUGACAGAGCUUCACUAGAGCUACUGUAAACUAUCAGAAGUGUUUUAAGAAAUCACAAAAUGGCAUAACAUGACCCAUUGUCUCACGGAUUAGUCGGUCCAUCUCUUAUCAUGACCCUAGUCUUAAAACAUAAUUAACUUUGCUGUUGACAUUUUUCAGUCUCAGUAAGAAAUUUGUAUCAUGAAGGUCAUUUAUUUAUUCAUCAUCUCCAAAUUUUCUGCUGUAGGUCCAUCACAAACCUCCCACUGAGCAAUAGACGGCGUCUAGUUUUUUUUUAGAUCUAAUUUCAACCGUCUAGAUUCUGUAUAUUUUUAGACGGAAUUUAGACGGUUGCACUUUAACCCAUAAUUCGAUAACUAUUUAUCUCAAGAGGCAAAUGUGAGUUGCAUAACUGAUCUCCAAGUACUGAACCAAAAUAAUAAUGAUAGUCGUUGAGCAAUACACAGUGUAGUAAAGAUAUAGCCCAGAUUUAGACUUGGUCCAAACUCGGUCUUAAUUUAGACGUCUAAAAAAACUUUCAUUUUUAGACCUGUGGUUGCCUGAUUUUAGACCAGCCGUCUAGGCUACAUUUAGACAUCUAUUAAAGGCUUUAGGAUGUGUUUUUCAGCGUGCACACUUACCUACUGCUGAACAUCAUUUACAUAUGUGUGAACACACUUGGCACAACAAUUUACAGUAUAUUUCUAUCAGUAGUUGGUGGAAAAUAACAGAACAACAAAGAGAAUGGAUUCAUGACUUAGACCAGGGUGACCGUAUUUGAUUACCGAAAUCCAGGACACUCAGCACGGCAACAAGACACUCAAAUGAUACUUCAAGUUUACUCAAAUUUCAAUACAUCUAAGGUAUGCUUCCUUUGUAUGGAUAGAAAAUUGUUGUAUUACCAAGUACUAUCCAAAACCAAAGACACAAAUUCAGAUAGGUAGAUAGAUAGAUUACUCACAAUGUUUUAUUUUGACAAGUUUCAAAAGUAACAACAGAAAUAAUGAGAGAAAUAUCAAUCCAACUUUAACACAAAUAGCUCUUACAAACUUCUAUAUCUUUAGUUUUCCUUUUCAUCUUAGUGGCCCAAUGAAAAACAGUGAAAACCAGGACAUUUUCAUCACUUUAUAAAAAAAAACAACCAGGACGGGCAGGACAGGAUGUGUAAACAGGACAUGUCCUGGAAAAACAGGACGUUUGGACACCCUAACAUAGAUGGCAAGAAACAUGACUCCAAAUGAAUAGUUAAGUUGUAGGUGCCGGAUGUGCAUUUAAGCAGCAGUUCAACAGAAAAAGGGAAUAAAUAAUAAUAUUGUGUUUACAACCUUUUCCAAAAGGUGUCCAAAACAGAUGUUUUUGUGGAAUAAUAUAUCGCUAUUUUUUCAAAUGUCUUGAAAAACUUGGAUCAUUCAUUGCUUUUCUCCCCCCUCACAGCUCUUAUGUACAGUGAUGGUUGACAUCUCAGCCCGAGUUUUGAGCCCUACCAGUCCAUCUGAACAGCUUCACCUGUCUCCCCACCUCUAUCAGCACACUGACCCUGGAUCAGGCACCCAGCUGUUCUGUGACAAGUGUCCAGCAGGUACCUUUGUGUCCGUUCACUGCUCGCCCACAGCAGUCAGGAAGUGUAGCCCCUGCCCUGAAGGAACCUUUACACAUGGUGAAAAUGGCAUCGAGCAAUGCCAUCACUGCCGGGUUCAGUGUCCUGCUGGCCUCAUCGAGAAAGAACCCUGCUCAGCCACAAAGGACCGAGUCUGCACAUGCCCCCCCAAUAGCUUUUUAUCCAAGUAUGGUGGCACAGAGUGUAAACCCCAUUCGCUAUGUCCACCAGGGAGCAGGGUGAAGAAACGGGGCAGUGAAACGGGGGAUGUGCUCUGCAAGCCGUGCACAAAGGGGACUUUCUCAGAUAUGGAGUCAAAUUCAGGGAAGUGCAAAGCCCACACAGACUGCCAAGCUCAAGGGCUUCUACUGCUAACACAAGGGACUAAAGACUCUGACAACAUUUGUGGAAGACCGUCUACAGUUCCCUUUUCUUCUUCACCAACUUCCCAGCGGACAACCACUCUACUUGUGGAGCGUAUCAUGUCGUCAUCUUUUCCUCUAUCACCACUAACUGGACCUGCACUUAAAGGUGAGAGAUAAAGAAAUUUGGCAUCUUUGGCAUAUUUUUUAAGUGCUAUUUACUGUUACCAUCUGUUUAAUGAAACUUCUUUUGAUUUGAUAACCUGUGAUAUUGCUCAUAACAAGCUGAUAAAAUGGGCUUGUUCUAACUGAUUAAUAAGGUAUAAAAGUGUUUUGGGUCACGUUCAAGUCUCUGUUUAUCAUUUUUUAUUGGCAUAACAGCCUGAUAAAAAUAGCAACAGAGAAGAUAAAAAGCCGGAUAAUGGCACUUGAUUAAAUAAUAUAACAUUUUUUUUGCAACAUGACAUCUAUAUGGACAUUUGAUAUCAUUCAGACUUAAGUAAAAAGUGUGCAAGUGUAGAAGGAGUACUAAAAUACAAUACCCAAGUAAAGGUACAGUUACUUUGAUGAAAUAUCACUGAAUUAUUUCAAGGAAAAGUAACUGUGAGAGAAUUUAUGUUGGUAAAAGUAGAACAUUUUUUAAUAUACAGUACAAGAAGUAAACAUGGUACCAAUGUAAGCCUGGUCCCCUACAGAGAGACACAGAGUAGCCCACAGGGGGUGUCCUAAAAGUAACAUGAGUCACCUCAGAGCUUGGUCUUAAAUGACCAUUUUUUUUUCUUUAUUAAAUUCUAUUUAACUAUGACUGGGGUUCAGGUUUAGGUGUUGCACUCAUUCCCAUAAUGCACUUUCCCCCUGUUCCCCGUGACAGCUAGUCACAUGCACCGCAAAACAAUGGCAGAAAAACAGAAACUUUAAUCAAGAGUGGGGAGAAGAGAUAUUUCUUCACAAAUGUAAAAGAAAAGAGUGUAUGUCUCAUUCGCACAACGUCAGUGGCAAGGUGGGACAACAAGAGACACUUAAGUCCUUUUUUACAAGGCAUUCACUGCUAGAUUACCUCAAGGCAGCUCUUUAUAGACAGAAAAGCCUGUGAGAUAGAGGCAGCUUUGGGCAAACAACAGUCUUUUUUCAUCAUUUGUUGAAGUAGUGUUAAUAUCUCAUCUUGUCUUGUCCCACCUACUUCUCAUGAACCCAAUCUCAUCUUGUUAGCUGAGUGUCUCUUCACACCCCUUCUUACGCACUGUCUUAAUCUUCAUCAACAAGCAGAACUAGGAGGGUUUAGCAAUUUGAGUCACAUCUAUUCUAAGAUUUCCAUGUGGUCAGCACUGUGAAAAAUACAGCUAUGUUGUUCUUUGCCUUUGGCUCUGAAUUAGUUCUAUUGAAACUGAUUUUUUUUCCCCCCAAAAUAAUGAUUUCAUUAUACUUAUGAGCAGCCAGGGGUGGGAGGAAAAAUUGAUACAGCAUAGUAUUGGGAUAUUUUGUCUCGUGAUAUAUCGUAUCGUCUCAUUUACCAAGUAUUGAUUUUCUCAAAUUAAUUGUUCAUAUGAAGUAAAGUCUAUGAUAAUGGAAAAAUAAAAUCAACUGUUUGUCCAGUAAGGUUGGCAGAGGUGACAUCAUAGAGCAGGAGAAAGUUAGUACAACAGAUAUAUAUAAGGUUUGCAAGAUGUGCUUCAUGAAAAUUAAAUAUAGCGUAAAUACAAUAAAGGAAAGAGGAAUGCUAAAUUAGCUAAACAGUUGAAAAAUUAUAUAUAUCGCAAUAUAUUGUAUCGCAAUACUCACUGUAUUGCAAAAUGUUAAAAAUCACAAUAAUCGUAUUGUGGCCCAAGUAUCGUGAUAAUAUCAUAUCGUGGGGCCACUCGUGAUUCCCACCCCUAUGAGCAGCUGAAAAUAAACCAUGGACCAAAUUAAGUUAUUGUAUAUUUUUUGUGGAUUAAAAAAAAUUGCUCAAUAUUUGAUCUCUUACUCUAGGAACCAACAGCAAGUCAACAGCUACUUACCUGUCCAGAGGACACCCAAAUGGAGGAGCUCAGCAUACAGAGAGGGUUCUGUUCAGCAAAUCUGGCACUUACUACCCACAAAUUCAUGAGCUCCCAGCUCACCAGCAACUGAGGAACCCAAAACAACAGCACCUUGAUCCUAGACCAACGCCAGGGCCAAGCAAGAAAGGGAUGGAAGUGGCGUUGCAGGGUACUGAGUUAGCCUCAAUGGGGAAGAGUACCAGUAAGGUGGAAGGACAAGGGAGCAGAGGCGGUGAAGGUGGGGUCUCCAGCUCUUACAGGCCCACCCGAAGGGGUUCUCCAAGGCCAAUCCCCCAACAUCACUUUGACAUCAACGAGCAUCUCCCCUGGAUGAUAGUGCUGCUACUACUUUUGGUACUCGUGGUGGUUGUGAUGUGCAACGUGAAGCACAGCUCCUAUGUUCUUAAGAAGGGUCCUGUGCAGGACCCCAGCAGCAUUGUGGAAAAGGCAAUUCAGAGGAGGCCUUUUGCACAUUUAACUCAGGUCAAGGAGAAAUGGAUCUACUACUCAAACGGACAAGGUAAGACUCCUUUUUUUCAUUUUCCAAAAUGUGGUUCUUGUAAAAAUGACUUGGACCACCUUCCACUUAAAGGAUUAAAACAACUGUGAAGAUUUUCAUGGUAUAUAAUAAUAGUAAUAAUAACUUUAUAAUAAUAGCAUGAAGAAGUGUUUUGACAGGAACAGGCCGAAACAUUGGAGGAUAACUUAGUAAGCAUCCGACAGUCAGAUUGGAAAAAAAACUCCAGAAAUUUCAAACUGUUCAUGAAAAAAAAACACUAAAUAUCAAUUAGAAUAAAAGUGAUUAAAGAAAAUGACUUUAAGUAGUAGCAGAGAAAUAAAUCAUCAAUUAUGUCAAGUAAAGAUGCAACAAAGAAAAGGUCAACAGAAGAUUCCGAGAAAAGGAAAGAGAUCACACUUGAGAAAUCGAUAGAUAUGACGGAUAAAAGGAAGUGGGGCAGCAAAGACAUAAACUGAUGACUAAAUGAAAAUCUGAAUGAUAAAACUGAAAGUUGUCUCCAGGGGUGGGAGAAAAACAUUGAUUCACAAAAGUAUCGCGAUUUUUUUUUGUUUUAGGAUUUUUAUAUUCAAAAAUCGAUUUAUUUAUUUUUUUCAAAUUUAAGAAUAAAUCCUAAAAACUGACUUACAUGUGAUGUGUAUUUUUUGGGGAAAUAUGUUUCCUGGAAUAGUCAGUAGAUAAUCAUCAUCAUGCAACUGUUUCACUGGUGUUUGAAAUGCAGACUAAAGAUCGAGAAAAUCGACAAUAUCGUAGAAUCGCAAUUAAAAUUGAAUCAGCAUCCAAAAAAUCGUAGAAGAAUCGAAUUGGGAGAAAAUCAUAUUGCCCCAUCCCUAGUUGUCACUGAUUGUGUAUGCCUUAUCUCCUCAAGAAGGCCAUUCAAAAAUUGAAGGGCUCCAAUGGAAAAGUGGGAUCUCCUUUAAAUUUGGACCAUAACUGUGGAAAUACCUGAAGGUCCCAACAUGAGAAUCUAAUGCUAUGGCCCAGUGGAGGGCACAGAUUUGUGAACAUCCAUUCACACUCUAAGUGCACAGAUUGUUAUCCAUCCACUGACCCAGCACAAUGAGGGCUCAGACUGUUUCAGCGCACAAACAGGGAUCUAAAAACAAGAAAACAAGCGUCACAACUCCACUCAGAGAAGAGAAGAAGUUAUUUCUCCUAAAUUAUACUUUAACCAGAAUAACUUCUUUUUUCCACAUCUGAAAGUUUUUCUUUGUCUUCCUCUCUCUUCCCUCUCUGCACCGUGCUCGCUGAUCCGCUGGAAGCGCAUAUACCUCCUUAUUAUUUAUUUACAUCCUUCAUUAUCUGUGUUCUUGCCCUUUUUAUCUCUGUCUGACGCCUUUCUCUGUGCAUCAUUCUCAGGAAAUUCCCUUCUCUCACUGUUACCACUAUAAAUUCACAACACUCCUCCUGGUUCAUGUCAUCCACAGGUAUAUUUUUCCUAGGUUUGAUUUCACAACGAAACUGAAGCUUUUGAUGUGAUAAAUCUUUGCAAACUGCCACCCCCUCUCAGCUACCAAGCAUCUGACCACAGAGAACUGGAAUAAUCUGGUUUUAGCUGCAUCAGGGUGGCUUUGUUUGGUUGGGAAGGCACAUUAGUGGGCCAAUUGGGUCUCUUACAGGAAGACAAGGACAUACAUAGAAAAAAUGAACUGAGGGUGAGAUAGGGCAUGUAAUUUGAGUGUGACUGUGAGUCUCAGUGCUGGGUAGGUUAGGUUGGUGAAACGGGUUGGGGGAGUUCUGUGUGUGUGUGUGUGUGUGUGUGUGUGUGUGUGUGUGUGUGUGUGUGUGUGUGUGUGUGUGUGUGUGUCUGUGUGUGGGGGGGGCAGCACUGGAUACCCAGCUUUCAUAUUACUCACCAGGCUGUGCUUAAAUACUUAAAUACUUUAACAUGAUUGGUCAAAAAAAAUCAGAAUAGCAAGAGUAGCAUCACAGACAAUCACAUCAGGUCAUACCAAGUCAGUCUGUAGAAAAGGGUCUUAAUAUUUCUGAUUUCUGAUGCACUGGUAUCAAUAUGCAAGCUAUUUUUGGUAUUCUAAAUAUAUUUGGAAAUCCCAACAUUUGAGAUUUGUGGACUAGGCAACAGGAGAGAAGAAGUGAUGUAAGGGGGAAAAACCUCACAGAACGAGCACAAAGUGUUGAAAUGAAUGAGGAACUGAGGAUCUGGCUUGAAGUUGUAACAAUUUUGAGCCUUAUUGACUGGUGAAGUAUUGGGGAUUCAAAUUGCACGGCUAUGGUUGGACAAAGAUCACAGUUAAAGGAAACCAGGGUUGACUGUUGUAUGGAAAUGAGGUUCAACAGGUAUGCUCAUAUUCAGAUCAGCAAACUAAAAUUCUUCUGUUGCUAAAUCCAUGUAAAAACAUGGGUGUAGUCUCAGUCAUGUCAUCCAUUGGCACCUGAAGCAAAGUUUUGAUACCUACCAAACCGCUUUUGUCAGAUUGAAAAUGCUAAAAUAACUUCCGAUCAAUUCAGCAAACAGCACAGGGAUGGAAUCAAAGUCGGUCUGUAGCUUCCUGGUUAAAAGCUACAGUGUGCACACCUGUUAGUCACUUCAGCUCUGCCCAUACAUAUGUGAAAGAUGUCACUCAUAUUUUUAGAGCGAAUUACUAAUUUGAAAAGUAACCCCUUUACCGUGAUUUUGCGCCUUUGCACUGGCUUCAUUUCUCAAGAUUGGAGAUUUCUGCUUGGCUGUAACACUUGUGUGCACAUGUCUGGAUGAGAUAAUUAAUCCUAACCCUGUGUUUUGUAUUUUAUGUGUAGAAUUUAUGUGAAUGCUCAUGCAACCCAAAUAAUCAUUUAACAUUGCUUUUCACUCAUUGGAACAUAAAACAAAACAGCUUCUUAAUCCUUCCAAGAUGUGUGUAUCUGGCUGCCUUUGAGGCUGUAAUGCUGCUUUACUGGGGCAGUUAAAAAAGUCAAGCAAUAAAGAAAAAAUGAAGAAACGUCAAAGCACUGAUCACACACAUAAAGUACUUGGCAUGUGCUCAAAGCAGGUUGAGGAGUAGCAGGGCUAAAUUGGAGCUUUCCAGGGCCAUGGGCCAGAUUUUUAUAGCAAGGAUGUAAAAAAAAAAUGUUUGCCUGAAACAUAAAACCUGCAGAAGUAAAAAAAAAAAAAAACAACAUAUGGGAUAUAUAUUGUUUCCAAUAAGUUAAAAUGUUCACUCUAAUUGAAGACCUGCUCUGAGGAAAAUCAUGUUUUUAUUGUUGUCUACAUGUUCAUAUGGAAUUAUUUUAAUGCCAGAGGACAUAUGAGAAAACUAAGAGCAAAAUUUCAUUUCUGAGUAUUUCUGCACUCAAAUUACUGUGAACCUUUGGCAGACCCGAACGGCAGGUUUCAGACAGUGUGCAUUUCCAUGUCACCGAGCAAAGCUCCGCCCCCUGGCACCCUGCUCUGCAGGCCAGAGCCCGAGAAGUAGAGAGGAUAAUCUCGGAAAAGGUGUCUGCAGUAACGGACCGCAAUGCAUGUACGAAAGCUAAUCAUGAUAUCAGCUUACAUCAUGCCCCUACAGAUAUUAGUGUCCGAGAGCUCAAUAGCUUCUAUAUUACCUGCUACUUCUGCUGCACUGGCAAUGUUAGGCUGCAAGGUAGCGUGAAGCAGCGAUGCAACGUAGCGCUGACUCCGCCCACGACUCAGAGAUGAAUUGCUAACGAGCUACUUCAAAACUGGCUGGAGCUUAAAAAUAGAAAAGGUCAUUACUUUGACCUUUUAAUUUAAAAACACAAAAUAAUUAUGAUGAAUAAAUGUCAUAAACCAUAUUUUAUAUGAAAUAGUUGAGCCACAUGUUGCCUCAUAUUAAGCCUGUUGUCUAAUGUCUGUCAUUGUUGAGAAGGACUAAUGUCGCACAAUCAAGUAUCCUUAACUCUGUAUAGAGUACCUUCUUAGAUUUAGUAAACCCUUCAUAUUUUUGACUUUUCUGCAUCAUUCCUCUGCCAUAUCCUUGCACCACAGUGCAUGAGGGUAUAUGCUCAUAGUUGGUGACCGUCAGUUGUGCACUUCCUUUCACAACACAUUGUGAGAUACAUAAAGUCAACCAAAGGGGUUUAUAAUUCCAACUCAUUAUUCAAACAGCACAACAAAACAACACUUCGCUUUAUAGCGUAGAGUGGAUGAUUAAGAAGACAGUCUAAUGCCCCGUUAUAUGUAGAAUGACUUACUGAGGAUACAAAUUCUAGAUGAGGGCCAAAGGGGAAACCACAUGUUGUCCGUUGAGACAAAAUCUGUUUUUCACUCCCUAAAAAAGGAAUCAAAUCAGUAAAAUCUUAGAAUUUUAUCUUUUUCUGAGGAAAUAUUCAUCUGAAAUUAUGCAACCUUGUCAUAUUUUUCCCAACGUAUUCAAAACAACAAUGUAGGUUAUUAGGGAAACGUGAGGCAGUCCAACCUUCUCCCCUGUUAAACGUCAACAUUGUUAAUAAUGCCAAAUUCCACAUCCAAGCCCAGUAGGUAACCAGAUAUUAGAUUACACUGCAGUGUGCUGUGCUAGGGUGGGCUCUGAGGUGCAGCGUGUGUUUGAUUGUUAAGAAUAGAUGGAGGUAGCUUUAUCCAUUCUUCAUGAUCAAACACAGGCUGCACCAUCUCCGGGUGUGUGGGUGGGCCGGGGAGGGUUGCAUAGCUGAGGCUUUUCAGUGCCUUUUGUGACAAAGAUAUACAGACUUUUGAACAAUCUGUUGUGUUUUCACAAAUUCAAGGAAACAUAAGGAUGUUAUGUUAUUUGCAAAAUGAUAUUUAACACUUUAUCUAAUGUUACUGACCUUUACAUAGCAGCUUUACACCGGAUCAGUGUGUGAAUGGGUGAAUGUGCCAUGUGAAUAAUGUUAAAGUGCUGUGAGUGGUCCGAAACGUGGAAAAGGCUCUACGCCAUCAAUUUGUGAUUUAUCAUCAUGGUAAAGGUGAUGAGUAAAUUGACAGUUGGUACAGAUUUGUACAGCCAGCUUUGAGCAUUUGUAAUGCAAAUAGAUAAGAAUUGCAAUGCUCAUGUUGAGGUCCAUCUUCCAAACUGACGUCCAAACUUUUUAAAAAUCUCCACCUGUUGAUAUUUUGGAAAUUAUAGUUUCAGUUACUUAAAACUCAGUUGGUGUGUGUACAAAAAGCCAAAAUGUACAGAAAAAGUAUCAUUUUCAAAAAUUACCCACCUUCAUGUGAGCUAGGCCAGUAUUUAACUUUUUCUUGGUCUUCUGUCUAUAGCCGUCAGGGGGUCCUGUUUUGAUUUUAUUUCCGUUUUUUUUUUUUCAGAGGUUGAUAUCCUGAAGCUGGUGGCAACCCAAGUGGGUACAGAGUGGAUAAACGUCUACCAGUUGCUGGCCAACGCCACCGAAAAGGAAAUGGCAGCCUUCUGUCAUGGUUACUCAUCAGAUCAUGAGCGAGCAUAUGCUGCCUUACAGCACUGGACGAUCCGGGACAGUGACGCCAGCCUAGCCAAGCUUAUAAAUGCCCUUCAUGGACAACAUUGCAUUGAUGUGGUGGAGAAGAUCCGCUGUGUUAUAGAGGACAACCCACAGGUAGGCAAGAGGACUAUAUAUACUUAUAUAUGCAGUUUUAUCACAGUUUAAAAGUAACAAAGCGUUGAUCAGACUACUCUCUUAUUGAGGGGAACUUUCCACCUUUUCUUCACAGGGUAGCCAUGUUUGUUUGUGUUGUCAGGUUGUUUGAUCAGGAUCAGUCUCUGUUCUUUUGUCUCUGCCAUAGUGGAGAUAUUCAGACAUCACCUACUCUUUCUUUUUUGUUUCUUUUGCCUAGUGUAAUUCUUUUGAUUUGUUCAUUAUUUGUUUGACUGUGUUAGUUCUGUUGUUUUGAUUCAGCACUGAUGGGAACCUGGGUUGUAAAUUUCAUCAUCAGCUGACUGAGGAAACUGUUCAGGGUUCAGCUCUUGGGGUUUAAGUGCUUUGCCAGAAGGUUAAGGCCUGUUAAUGAGUUUUUAACAAUGUAGGAACCGCCUUUAAUCUGCUCAACAGGCGUUAUUUCAUGUUUUCCUUUGAACACCUAGAACUCUCUGACAGAGCUCAGAAGGCCCACGUGGUGUACCCACAUGUUUUUAGGGCUUCCCUGAGGUUUUGGUGUUUCUUCUUCUUCACUUCCAUCUUAGUCAGUAUCUUCUCAGCAUGUGGUGGAAGUUCACUUCAAGGAUGUGCAACCAACAAAUCUGCAGCACCUGCGUGAUGCUAUCAUAUUAGUAUGGACAAAAUAUCUGAGGAAUGUUUCCAAUAUGUUGGAAAGUAUGUCACAAAGAAUAAAGGCAGUUUUAAAGGAAAAGGGGGUCCAACCUGGUACUAGCCAGGUGGGCCUAAUAAAGUGUAUAUCAUCAGCAACAGUAUACAGUUUAUAUAGAAAAUCUUCAAGUAAAUACACAGAGUUGAAAGAGCAGUGUGAUGGAAGGAUACUUUUUGUCCUCCUUGGUUUGUUCCUCAUCUCCUCUGUCAAUCUCUCUGUUUCUACCUACAGUGUGACAUCAACCAACUUAUGAGUUUGACGAAUGUAAACCCAAGUGCCAGUCCAACCCACCAGCCAACAGAGCCUUCAACAAGCAUUGGAGGUGACAUCCACAAUGCCAGCAGCAGUUGUGGUGGCAAGGACGGGGUCAGUGGCGUUUCCUCGGAGCACUCGCCUGUGAACUCCGCCAAAGACUUCAAUCCAGACGAGUCACUGCCUUUGCUGCACUGUAGCUCCACCUCCAGCCAGGACUCCAACUUCAGCAGGAACGGGUCCUUCAUUAGCAAAGGUGAACACUGGUUAUAAUAAUACUAAUAGUAGAAAUUAUCAUAUUUUUUUAUUAUUUUUAUUUAUAUAGAACUUAUCAAAACAGUGAGACUAGUAUGAAAUAAUAAAAGGGGGAAUACUAAAUGUGAUUUAAAAACAGUGGCUGGAUAGAAGAAACAAUAAAUGAAUGGGACAGCACCAGUUCUUAAUGACCUACUGAAUGAGCCCUCGUGUAACCAUAAGAAAAUUUACUUAGCCUACUGCUAAAGAGAGAACUUCACACAAAGAGCCGCUAACAGAAAAAGACUGUUCAAACUUAAAGGGAUAUUCCGGUGUAAAAUCAAUUUAGGGUCAAACACAGCGUAACACUGAGUUAGACACUCCAUCGAGAGAUGAAUGUUGCCGACCGCUUGCUUUUCUAGUUAUACCAACUUUAGUAACAACCACAUCAUAGCAAUACACAGAGGUCUAAGGAGCCAUAAACAAACCUCAACCAAAACGCCACUCUAUAGCCAUAAAUAAUGCUCAGAACAGCACCUAACUUCUAUAGGGUCCUAGCCAUAGUACGAGCCACCAAACGUCAUUUUAGCUUUGCCUGAUUUCUUUAGCAAAGGGACUAAACAAAACUCACCUACUCUCUUCCAGCAGCUGCUUGUUUGUAGUGAGACCUCAGGCCAGUCCAUUACGGACUGCUGCGGGGUGACGCAGCUCAAGGAAGAACAUUUAGGAUUAUUACUUUAUAAUUUCCUUGAAGUAAUAACCACCAUAUUAAUCAUUUUGCACUGCAGAUGCGGUAGUUCUUCUGCCUUAGCGUCUCGGUCUGAUUGCAUUUCCAUGAAGAAAUGAUCACAAAUGUUCUUGAGCUGCGUCAAAAGGAGGUUUGGUGGCUAGUGCUGUGGCUAGGACCCUUUAUGUACUGUUGAUGAAGUUAGGUGCUGUUCUGAGCAUUAUUUGUGGCUAUGGAGUGGUGUUUUGUUGAGGUUUGUUGAAGGCUCCUCAGACUGCUGUGUAUUGCUAUCCUGCGGUUGUUACUAAAGUUGGUAUAACUAGAGAAGCAAGCAGUCUGCAACAUUCAUCUCUCGAGGGGGUGUCUAACGUGGUGUUAGAGUGUGUUUGACCCUAAAUUAAUUUUACGCCAGAAUAUCCCUUUAACAAGAGAAACAGAUAAAGUGCAAAGAGCGAAAAACCAUUUUGGGGUUUUAGAAAAUGUUCGCUGGCAGGAAUGCAGUAAACCUAAGUGGAUUCUAGCCUCUAUUAUUGCUUAAACUGGACCAGGUUCUCUUCAAAUGAAGUGACUAUUCUUUAUGUUUUCCCAUGCAGAAAAGAAAGACACUGUGCUCCGCCAAGUGCGCCUGGAUCCUUGUGACCUACAGCCAAUCUUUGACGACAUGCUGCACAUCCUGAACCCAGAGGAGUUGCACAUCCUCGAGGAGACCCCAGCUGCCCAGGACAAGCUGGAUAAACUGUUUGAGAUAGCAGGAAGCAAGAGCCAGGAGGCCAGCCAGACUCUACUGGACUCAGUCUACAGCCACCUCCCAGACCUUUUGUGAUGCACAAAAUGGAAGGAAAUCACAUGGAUAAGAAUUAGCACAAGAAUAAAAGUGCACAUAUUAGUAUCAUGGGUAGGUCAGGAAUAGUUCUGUUUAAACCUAGGUGUGAAUUCUAUAUAUCUAUAUCUAUUUAUCAAUAUAUCUAUAUCUAUAGCUAUCUAUAUAUCUUAUACAUUGACCAUGGCUAGAAUGUCGGCAGUGUGAAAAUAUUAUGAGCAUGGCCAUUGCAGGUUUUCAAAGUAUGACAUCUGAAAAGCAGAUAUUUCCCAGCUAUUUUCUACAGUAGCACUUUGGUCAUUUCUUCAACAGGGUAUAUUCAGUCAACUCCACUUUUUAUUUAUUUAUUUAUUUUUUGCUAUGCUCCAAUCUGACCCAAACACCAUGCACAAGGGAGGUCAAGACUUCAACAGGUUUAUGUGGUAAUACUUCAUCCCAAGAUAUAGCCCCACCUGGUGGCCGUAGGAAAUACCAUGCUGUCACUUUAUAAACUGAAUCUCAGAGACUGCGGAAUAUGAUGUGUGCCAAAAACUGACUUUUGUCGCCUUCUGUGACAGGAGAGAAGCAUGUAAAGGGGCAAGAAAAUGAAAAAGAAAACAGGGAUUGCAGAACCAGAAAAAGUAUUUAAAGAGUUAUGACAUAUCCAUUCCUGAAGUCACAUCCAUUUAAGAUGAUAGCAUUUGGUGAUCAUAGCUGGAUCAACUGUUAGCCGGCACUCACGGCUGUUUGUGUUGGCACAAAUGUCUACAAUGUUCAUUGUGAUUCAACACACUGUAACUUUUUUCAGGAUUUUACCUGUUUAACAGAAACCUACAUAAAAUUAAUAAACUGCACUCUGUUUAUUCUGUG